ACCGCCCUUAUCUUUCAUACAACUACAGCAAUGACAGACUCUUCAGAUCAAAAGAAAUCCUCUCAGGAGGGAGACAGGGAGAAGACGGAUAUCAUUUCAGAUUCAGCAUCUUCAACUGAAAGAUCAGACAACAAUGCGCCGGACGCAGACGAGCCAGCUCAACCGAAGCAGCACAACGCUGCUCAUUCCGAAUAUACUCUCCAACUCGAAACAGCUGCCGAAUUCCUCAAGGAUGACGAGAUCAGAAAUGCUCCUGAUAGCCUGAAACGGAAGUUCCUCUCUGCUAAAAACAUAAAAUCCGAAGACAUUGAAACACUCCUGCGCGAUGCACCAAAGGCCGAUCCUCCUUCGCCCACUUCAGCCGACAAUGUCUCCGAGAACCAGUCGCGAUCAGACAUUAGACCGUCUUCUACGAAACCCUCAGAAUCACCGCCGGUAGUAACGUAUCCAGAAUUUCUCGUACAGGCAUCCAAGCCACCGCCUCUCGUCACACUCAGCCGACUGGCUACAACCCUGUACAUCUCCGGUGCCGCCGCCCUGGCAACCUACGGAGCAAACAAAUACAUUCUCUCGCCCAUGUUUAACUCUCUCACUUCUGCACGGCAUUCUCUCGCCUCUACCGCGCAGACCAACGUCGAUACGUUGAACGAGAAGCUCUCAGGACUCGUAUCAGAAAUCCCUCCCUUGGCCGCUGUCAAGUUCGUUAAAUCCGAGGAAGGCGAAACCGACGGUCCUCAGCACUUAGAUACCGAGUCCGAGGAACCGACAGAGCUCUUCCACCGCGACUUUGGCACGCAAACGUCUCGUCGUCAAUCAAACAGCCUGUCGGCGCAUCCUGUUCCGGGACUAUUCCCACCCGGAGUAACCACCUCUGGCGUCCCUGACAGCACUUCGGAUCCCACGACUUCGCAGCAACUCCGUAUUGAAGCACUCCAGGGACAUUUGAACGAGAUGGUAUCGUUCCACGAGCUUGACGCGGAGACAAAUUCCGAAGUGACUACCAGCAUGCGCGACCUCUCAACAUACCUUGAUGGGCUCACGUAUAGUUCGGCGUAUUGGUCUAGCUCAGGCUCGUAUCUCGGCUCCGUUAGCGGCGCGGGACUUGGUGGUGUGGGAAGCGCCAAGAAUGACGAUGAUGGCAUUACAAAGUUCAGAAACGAGAUUCGUUCGGUCAAGGGUGUCUUGCUCUCUGCAAGAAACUUUCCCACUGGGCCGGGACGAGUAACGCCGAGUUCUUUCGCGAGGUGAUGUAGCUUUUUGAGCGAGAUUGUACUUUUUUACGCUUUUCUGUUUAUUUUAUUUCUUUCCCUAGCAUUCUCAGCCAUAACGGCAUCUCAUCAUAUCGUUCCGGCGUUAUUGUGCUAUCAUUCUUUUCGCCUUUAUAUACCUAUUCUUGUACAGUACUGUGUAUAUCAUUCAAUAUACUUCAUCACAUUG